AAAAAUGCUGGGGACAGCGAAAGGAGGAGGGAAAAACAAAAAAGGGGAAUUGGAAAAAAUGAGACAGCGGGCGGGGAGGGGACGCGGGAUCCCCUGAGCCCGAUGCUUGGGAGGUCAGGGCUGCCCCCAGGGAUGCUCGCCGGGGUUCGGCACGCUGGGGCGUUAUCCCAGCAGGGCUGGCCAGCCUAUUUCCCAUUCCCAGGCGAGGAAAUAUUUAACUGCGGCGUCAGCGGGCAGGGCAGGCGCGCAGGCAUGGAGGGCAGUGGGCAGCGGCUGGCCCCCGCUGCCCCCCCGGGCGAGCGCUUGCAGCUCUUGCUGCGCCGCAGCCGGGAGGCCAAAAACUGUGCCUAUUGCCCCUACAGCCGCUUCCCGGUGGGUGCCGCGCUGCUCACCACCGGUGGCGAGAUCUUCUCCGGGUGCAACGUGGAGAACGCCUGCUACAGCCUGGGGGUGUGCGCCGAGCGCACUGCCAUCCAGAAAGCCAUCUCCGAGGGGCACACCAGCUUCAAGGCCAUGGCCAUCACCAGUGACAUGGGGGACCACUUCAUCGUGCCCUGUGGCGCCUGCAGACAAGUGAUGAGAGAGUUUGGCACAGACUGGGACGUCUAUCUGACCAAAGCGGAUGGCACCUAUAUCGUCAAGCGGCUGGAAGAGCUGCUGCCGCUCUCCUUCGGCCCCGAGGACCUGAAGAAGGUGUGAGCAGCACGGCCGCCUCCGGCUUUGGCCCUUCAGCAGCAGGGAAGGAUGGUUUUCCCCAAUUUCCCUGGUGUGUAAGCGGCUUUUUGGGAACAAUGCAAUGGGAAAUGCAUUUAUAGUGUGAAGUUACCUAUUCCUCUCACUCAUCUUCUGAUUCAGCGCCGAUUUGCAGACGCUGGCCCUGCUUCACCCUGGGGAAAUGGCAAAAUCAAAUCAUAGAAAUUCCCUGUUAUUAGAAAAGAAGCGUCCAGAUAUCGCUGUAGGCGAGGGGCAAGUUCACAGAUGGAGAAGGGUUUGAUGCACCGCUCACGCUCAGGCUUGUUGUUAAAGAAACCACUCCUGAAUAAUGCAAAAUCAUUGCUUGGGAAUAUGCUGAAAUCUUCAGCUCUAAAUGAGAAGCAAAAGCAAAAAGGAAAAGCUCCAUCAACCCCAGCGGUUAUUAAUAAGCCAGUUCAGAUCAGGUGAUGUGCUGGGACUGGAUGGUUAUCACGCCGAGCAUGUCGUUUGUUCAUUUCUCUCCGGCUUGUUUUCUUUGCUUUUAUUUCAUUUGUGGGGAUGAAGAGGGCGAGUUUUGAGGGCUUCUGGAGGGUUUUCUGUCUCCAGAGUAAUGCUGUUUGCUGAUUGUACUAUUAAUUUAAUUAUGCACAAUGAAAAACGAAUACAUUGCAUUGCCCAGCCGGUGCUGGGCUGUGUUACUGCCUAUGCCCAAGUGAAAUAAAAGCGGUCCUGCGUUA